CUGCACUUGAAUUCAGUAUGGCCUCAGAAGAGACCACAAAAAAAGAUCUGCCAAAGGCUGAGGAACAGCAGCAAGCGAGUGCUGUCAGUCGGGUAACCACCUUGCCCUUGCUCAGCUCUGCAUUUAACCUGGUCUCAUCUGCCUACAACUACACCAAGGAGGCACAUCCUUACCUCACCGGGGUCUGCAAUGUUGCCGAGACUGUGGCUGCUGUUGCAGUAGGCAGCGUGGUUGGUGGGGCACAGCCCAUCCUGAACCAACUUGAGCCACAGAUUGCACUUGUAAAUGAAUAUGCCUGUAAAGGACUGGAUCAACUGGAGGAGAACUUGCCUUUUCUUCAACAGCCAGCAGAUAAGGUCAUCUCGGACACCAAGAAGCUGGUUUCCACCACAAUGACAUCUGCUAUGGAUCUGGUCACCUCCACUGUUAACAGUGCUGGUGCCAAGGACUGUGUGACCAACAAGGUGACAGAGGCAGUGGACCUAACCAAAGGGGCUGUCCAGGAUGGUGUUGAGAAGACCAAAUCUAUGGUCACCUCUACAGUCCAUACAGCUCUGGAUGCUGCAGUGAGUCAGGCAGUGGCAGGUGGUGUGGAAUCUGUCCUGGGCUUAUCGGAAGAUCUGGUGGAUCAAUACCUCCCCAUGACAGAGGAGGAACUAGGUGAACUGGCCACUGCUGUCGAGGGAUUUGGUAUGGCCUCUGUGGAGGAGCAGAAACAGCAGCAGAGUUACUUUGUGCGCCUGGGUUCCCUCUCUAACAAAGUCCGCCACCGAGCCUACCAGCACUCCCUCCACAAACUGCAGCAUGUUAAGCAAAGCACCCAGGAUACUCUCUCACGACUACAGCAGGCAAUAAAACUGAUUGAAUCUGUGAAACAGGAGGUUGGCCAGAAGCUCCUGGAAGGGCAGGAGAAGCUCCAUCAGCUGUGGGUGGACUGGAGCCUGACCCAGCCCAAAGGAAACCAAGUUAAAACUGCCUGCCAACCAGAGGUAGAGUCACGGACUCUAGCUAUGCUGCACAUCAUCACCCAGCAGCUAGGACCUGUUUAUGAGAAUCUGAAAGCCAGCAUCCAAGGCCUCCCCAGCAAUAUCCAAGAAGCUGUGAAUCGGGCCACUCGGAGUAUCCAUAAGCUUCACAGUUCUUUUUCCAGUGCUGUGUCUUUCCAGGACCUCUCCAGUACCAUCCUGACCCAGAGCCAGGACUGUGUGGCAGAUGCCUGGAGGUCCCUGGAUGAUAUCUUUGAGUAUGUAACUCAAAACAUCCCUCUAAACUGGCUUGUGGGUCCCUUCAGGGCAAUAGCUAAAGUGUCACAGGAUAGCAGAAAGGAGAAGAAGAAACAUAUGGUGACUGAUAGAAAAUCACCUGUGCUGGCAAAGACUACCUCAGCAAAGGAGGUGGCUAAGACACCCAAAGAGCCAAAGGGAGCAAACAGGAUUGCAGGGAAAGGGUGUGAAGUGCUGGAGAAGCCGGAAGAGAAGGCAAAGAAGGAGGUGGCAUUGGCUGCAAAGGAGAUCAUAACUAAUACACCAGAGGAAGAUCUCUGA